AUGAGUCCUGUUUAUGAAUGGUUAUCUAAAGUUGCACAGUUUAAAGCUGGGAAAGUGCCCGGGUCGGAGUACGAGCUUCGUCACGGCUCCACGAAAACACGUGUAGAUCGAGACCCUCGCACCGGGCGUAUCAGGGUGCAACAGCAAAACGUGGGAAGAGAUGUUUCAACAAUACUGAUGUUGGUUCUGACUAUAUUUUUCAUUCUUUUGGCUGUUGCCUAUGUUGGAACUGCACGACAAGAAGCGAUCAAAGGUGUCGCCCAUGCUGUCUCUGCUUUUCUAGGAGCGGUCCGCGACACCGUGUUGUUCUUGUAUAUGUACGCAAUAGUGCCCAGUUUCUUCCUGCUGGCAGCUGCUGCAGCUGUACUCGCUGCGUACUUUGGGCAUAAGAAAUGGAAACAGUUAAAAGAACGAGAGGAAGCCGCAUUUUAUGAUCUUGUGGAUAAAAUUUUAGACGUCGUCCGUGAAGCAACUGAGAACGGUGACGAUUAUAUAUCUAUACCUCAUGUCCGCGAUAUAAUGUUCCCACCUGCUAAAAGGAGGGGGGCUGAGCUGGCUCGCUGGGAAAGAGCUGUUGAUUUUAUUAAUGCCAAUGAAUCGCGCAUUGCUACAGAAACACGCGUACUUCGUGGAGGACAAGAAUGUGAUGUUUGGAGGUGGAUUCCAGCGAAACGCUCCGGUUGGCAAGGAUCGGCGUUUGCGCCGCCACCUUGCAUGAACAUAUCUUCGUCGGCGAAGCUGCCCAUUUCGAACAUCCCGACUGAGGCACUGACUCGAUGCUUGAAGAUCAGGGAUAUGUUUGGAAAAGAGGAAGUGGAAGAUGAAGAGGUGGAUGUAAACGAGAUAACGAGGUCACUGAAGGAGAAAGUUUACCCCGUUGUCCCACUCCACAUCGGCGUUGAUGUCAGAUCACCAGAAGGCAUUUGUUUCGUGAAAUUAGCCAACAAAGAUGAUGCCAAAGCAGCGUUCAAUGCACUCCACGGAGUGUGGUACAGUGGAAGACUGGUGAACGUGAAGUACGUACGAGAUCGACGCUACGCAGAGCGAUAUCCGGAAACUGCCAAUUUUUGA